CGGCCUGAUAGUUCCAGUCGGUAGCGACAACCCAAGAUUUGGUGUAAAUCGCCGCUGAACUUUUUCAAAAGUGAGGUUUUGAAGAUGUUAACAAGAAAAGAAGCUCACAAGUUCCUGAAAAAUGUGCACUUUCCAGGGGAAGAGAACAUCGUCCGAGAUUUGAAGUUAGCGGCGGGCUCCAAGCAAUCUCGGCGAGCAUUGAUUCGGAAGAAGAGCGCAUCAUCCGAGGAGAGGAGCUCAGCAGCUGCUAUUGAACUACAGAGAGUAUGGAGAGGUCAUUGGACAAGAUGUCGUCUCUUUGACAUCUUAAACCCAACUGUGAGCACCAAGGUGCACCAAACAGGUAGUAGAUUCAUCAACAGUGAACAAGGUCUGAGAGAUGUCAGAACAACACCCUCAAAAUCACCCGACAAAUCACUGUCAAAGCUCACAACCACCCAAUCAAAGGAUUCAGUUGCGUCCAAGGCUUCAGCUGUUAAAACAGCCAGCGCCAGACAGAGACUGGAAGGCUACUAUGAAAAAUACUGCAGUUACAAAAAGUCAAAAGGGGAGUCGGUUGUUAUAUCGUUUAGAGAAUUCUGCGCCCACUUCAUUCAGAACUGGUGGCACAGAGUCAAAAGACAGCGUUCCACGAUGGUCACCAACAUAUCCCACCAAGGGGUCCAGUCCGUUGUAGUCUCCAGCUCAACCGGGCCCAGCCAGACAAAGGUCAAAGUUCAACCAACGAAGAGGAGGAAGAAGAAGAAGAGGACUUAUCCCCUGAACCCCAAGGAGGCUGCCAAGAUUGUACAGAGAGCAUGGAGGACACACAUUGAUAUACAAGUUUACCGUUACUACCGCGACCUCAUCAACUUCCGUUGCCGUGGUGACCCUAGUAUGAUGCUAAGAUGUAUCAACCCUAAGGAGGCGAAGAUCUUAGAUGCAGCAGCUGGGAUACACAUCAAGUUCAGACUAGCUGGGGACAAGUUCCCCCCAAACAUCUACUACAAGAUCUUCACUCACCGUAACAUCGUUGACAUGUGCGCCAACAGUCCCAAGGAUUACACAGCUGCUGGUGCCAAGCGCCGGGCGGCUAAGGAGGUCCACAACAGUAUACCAGCCGCAGCCAAGAUGAGGAAAGAUAAACACGUAGGCUGGUACCAGAGAAUAGAGAACAAUGGAUGGAGACUUGUAUCAGAUAGAUUACUCUUGCGGCCUGACCAGGAUCCAGUCACCUGGGAGAGCAGUAACAAGAAAGUAGACUUUCCUCAUUCCAAGCUUCAGAGAAGACAAGAUGUAGAGAAGCGCAAGAAGCAGCGCAAGGUGGAAUGGAUGAAGAAGAUGUACCAGGAAGGAAUGCUCCAGGCCAAGACGGGGGACUCUGACACCAAGUCGCUGGUAGAGGGCGCUGCAGCCGGCAUGGUGGCUGCUAUUGAGAGCCAAGGAUCUGAAAUCGUUGAGGAGUGGGAGGUCGAUGAGCUCCUAGAAUGGACGAGUGGCCUUAAUUUUGAGGAUUACUUGACUUCUUGGAAAGAACUAGCAACGAGUUCGGGGUCUGAGAAAUAUGUUGAGGAGAGGUUAAAGUUCAACCUGACGAGCAGAGAUCCAUAUGAGUUCAGUCUCUCCGUAGAGAGUGGGCCGACCACGCCAUCACCGUCCAGACUGACCUCUCUCCAGCCACCAAAGCUGGCAUUAUAACUCUUUGAGUUGUUCACUUUCCUGUCCAAGCUGUUGUCGUGUUCUCCCAUGCACCAUCAUCUCUGAUUUCACCUCUAGCACACCCACCUUCUAUUCUGUCUGCCUCUUCACUUAACUUGGAGUCAAGUCUAUCAGGUACUGUGCUUAACUUUCACUAAUAAAUCAACUGUUUCACAUGCAAGCGACCUUUGGGAAAUUUGAAAUGUGCCUCAGGCCUGUAUCGUUUUAGAAAGGGCAAGGGCACCAAGGCAUUUUCUCCUUGGUA